AUGCUGACAAUUAAUAGAGUUGAUUGUUUUGUUUAUAAUGCUGCUGAAGGGAAAAGUUACCAUGUCUUUAAGGCUUCUCCUGCAGCAGCAGCAGCACCAGCGGCCGCCGGCAGCAGCAGCAGCGCAGCAGCAGCAGCAGCAGCAGCGCCGGUUGCCUUCAGAUACGCCUCGGGGGGCCCCACAGCUCUUCCUGCCGAGGACCCCGUAGGGUACUUUCCUGCUGCAGUUUAUUUCCUUGUUGAUAUUGCUGUCUCCAAAAAGAGACCACGCAGCAGCAGCAGCAGCAGCUGCAGUAGCAGCAGCAGCAGCAGCGGUGUGUGUCGCUGCUCCUGCGACAUGUGCACCGCGCGGAGGACUGCGACUGGCAGCUCCAGCACCACCAGCGACACUAGCAGCAGCAGCUGCAGCAGCAGCAGCAGCAGCAGCAGCAGCAGCUGGCGGCGCUGCGCCGCUGCUGAGAGGGCCGUUUGGCUGUCUCUGGGCAGCAACGUGCGUCGGGUGCAGCAGGCUGUCUUGACAGUGAGUCCCUUAGUGGCGAGUUUUGAUUUUACAUUUUUGUCUUUGCUGCUGCCGCCGAUGCUGCUGUCCUUCUCGGAGCCAGCAGCAGCAGCAGCAGCAGCAGCAGCAGCCACAGCAGCAGCGCGCGUCGCGGGCGGCCCGGGCGGAGCAGCAGCGGCAGCAGCAGCGGAGGCGGAGGCCACGCUUUCCCGCUGGCUGUGCCUCGCCGUGCCCGGCUUCAGCAGCAGCAGCAGCGGGGCCCCACAGCAGCAGCAGCAGCAGCAGCAGCAGCAGCUGGAAGUGCACGUGGAGCUGCUGUGGGUGGGAGAGUGCUCCGCACAUUUGUCUGUCUCCAGACUCUACAGAGUCCUUUCUCUUGAAGGAGCUCUUUUUAGUUUUUCUGCUUUUGUGCUGCGGCAGCGGCAGCUGCAGCUGCGGGAUGUGCUGCUGCUGCUGCUGCAGCACUACCAGCAGCAGCUGCAGCAGCAGUGGCUCCAAAUGCUCCUCUCCGUCGACAUCCUCGGCAGACCCAUCUCCCGCAUCCGAAAGCUGUGGCACGAAGGCUUCCGCUGGCUGCUGCGGCUGGCCCCACAAGACGCAGCUUCUUCCUUUGCUGCAGUGGACUUGCUGCUGCUGCCCUGGAGCAUGGUCUCGCUGCAGCAGCUGCUGCUGCUGCUCUGCGAAACUGUUGCUUUUCACCUCCGCAGGGUCAGGGGGCCCCCAAACCCUCAGGGGGCCCCCCCCCUCCCCAGGCUGCUGCCAGCCCCGCUGCCAGCGCAGCUUGUGGGGCCCCUCCAAAUAGCUACGCUGCAGUCAACUAGCCAGCAGCAGCAGCAGCAGCAGCAGCAGCAGAGGAGCCGCAGGCACAGGGACUACGAGGGCUGGAGCAGGGAGGCCGAAGCGAGCUUUGCGGCUGACCGGCAGCAGCAGCAGCAGCGGCGGCAGCAGCGCAUGCAGCAGCGCAUGCAGCAGCAGCAGCAGCAGCAGCAGGAGCUGCUCUCGGAGGAACGCUCUGUCUCUCCUUCUUUGCCCGCCAUCUACAGCAGCCCCUACUGCGCCGUUGCAGAGGGGCCCCCUCUCUCCUGUCUACGCCCUCUGGGGCCCCCUAUGGGGCCCCCAAUGGGGCCCCCAAUGGGGCCCCCUGUGGGGCCCCUCAUGAGGCCCCCUGGGGGGCCCCCCGUGGGCCGCCCGCUGGGGCCUUCUUUGGGGCCCUCUAUGGGACCCCCUAUGGAGCCCCCCGUGGGGCCCCAUAGGGGGGCCCCUAUUAGGCCCCCUCUGGGGCCCCAUAGGGAGCCCCCUCGGGGGGCCCCUGUGGGGCCCCCUAUGGGGCCCCCAAUGGGGCCCACUCUGGGGGCCCCUGUGGGGCCCCCUGUGGGUGUAGAGUGUUUUGAUGAAGUGCCUUUUGUGUCUUCUGGGUUUUCAAAAGAGGCCCCAUUUGAGGUGUACAGGCAGGGGGGCCCCCCUGGGGUGUAUACGCAGGGGGGCCCCCCUCCGGCUUUUUUGUCUCCCACAGCAUCUGAAGAAGCAGAUUCUCUUUCUUCUCUUCCUUCUUUGCGCAAUUUGCUUCCGCCUUCGCAAGCAGCAGCAGCAGCAGCAGCAGCAGCGCCAGCAGCAGCAGCAGCAGGCGUUGCAGCGGGCGCUGCAGAAGCCGCUGCUGCGCCGCCGCCCCCCCUUUCCUCAGCCCACACUCUAGGAAGCUCCAGCAGCAGCAGCAGCAGCAGCAGCGCUCUGCAUGCAGCAGCAGCAGCAGGGACUUGUCCGUGGGCCCCUAGCGAGGGCAUAUACCCUGUGGUGGCUCAGCUGCCGGAGGACCUUUUCUCUUAA